AUGGCAACUUUUACGACUUCUCCCAGCGUUCGGCAGGAAAAAUAUGAUGUUUUUGUCAGUUUUAGAGGUCCAGACACCAGACGUAGAUUUGUUGGCCAUUUGAGAAAGCAGUUUCGACAAAAGGGCAUAGAGGUUUAUGUUGAUGAGACGGCAGAGAGAGGAGAUACAAUAUCACCUGCACUUUCAGAAGCAAUAGAAAGAUCAAGAAUUGCGCUGGUGAUAUUCUCUGAAAACUAUGCUUCUUCAAGGUGGUGCUUAGAAGAGCUAGUGAAAAUCAUGCAAUGCAGGCAAGACCAUAGUCAGAUUGUAAUUCCAGUUUUCUAUGAUAUAGACCCAUCAAAUGUUAGGCGUCAAAAAGGAUCGUAUGAAGGUGCAUUUGUUCAGCAUCGUAACUGCAGAGUUGAUUCAAGGAAGUUGCAAGAUUGGAGAUCGGUCUUAAAAGAAACUGCAGACAUAUUUGGUUAUCAUAAUUCCUCAAAUUUUCGGGAUGAAGCUGACCUUAUUGAUGAAAUAAUCAAAGAUGUAUGCAAAAAGCUAGAAGGUAAAGGUAAAGACACAGUGGAGCCAAAGGACCAUAUUGGAAUUGAGAAAAAUUUGACUCCUAUUGAAUUAUUUAUGGAAGAUGAAUCACAUGAAGUUAGAGUUUUAGGAAUUUGGGGUAAAGGAGGAAUAGGCAAAACCACCUUAGCUCAUGCCACAUUUGAUAACUUUUACCACCAAUUUGAUAGGUCUUACUUUGCUGAAAAUCCUAAUAUUCAAAGGAGGCUACGUAGAACAAGAGUUCUUCUAGUUCUUGAUGAUGUAGACACCUCCAGUCAAUUACAAUAUCUUAUUGAUGAAAAUCUUUCAUUGGGACCAAGUAGCAAAGUCAUCAUAACAAGUAGAGACAGGCAUGUUCUUAUUAGUGGAGGAGCUCAUGAAGUACAUGAGGUGAAAGAAUUAGGCAAGGAAGAAUCGCUUCAACUUUUUUGCUGGCAUGCUUUCAAGCAAGGCCAUCCCGAACAAGGAUAUGAAAAGUUAUCAAUGCAGGUAAUUGAAUAUGCAAAAGGUCUUCCUCUGGCAUUAAAAGUUUUGGGUUCAUAUUUGAACUCUAGAAAUACAGAAGCAUGGGAGAGUGCCCUUAAAAAAUUGAGAAAGAAUCCAAAUAGGAAAAUUCAUGAUGCAUUAAGGGUGAGCUAUGAUGGACUUGAUACCCUAGAAAAGGAGAUAUUUUUAAAUAUUGCAUUCUUCCUCGGGGGAGAAAAGAAAGAAGAUAUUAUGAGGGUGCUAGACGCUUGUGAUGAUGACCUCUACGUGGACAUUGGAAUAGAUACGCUUCUGGAUAAAGCACUCAUAACCAUUUCAAGUCACAAUGGAGUAGAAAUUCAUGAUAUGCUACAAGAAAUGGCUGAAGAAAUAGUUCGUGAAGAAUCUAGAGAGCACCCUGAAAGUCGAAGUCGAUUAAAUGAUGCAAAAGAAGUUCAAGAUAUACUGGAAAAUAACAAGGGAACUAAUAUAAUUGAAGGCAUCGCAUUGAACACAUGUGAGUUAAAAAGCAACAUACGCCUGAGUGCUGACGGCUUUAGUAGAAUGAGUAAUUUAAAAUUUCUCAAGAUUAAUUCUUAUUUUCGAGACAAAUAUCAAGUGCUUUGUCCCUUUGGUCUAGAGUCACUUCCUGAUAAACUAAGAUAUUUUUGUUGGGAAAGUUAUCCAUUGGAGACUCUACCGCUUGGUUUUUGUGCAAAGAAUCUUGUUGAAAUCCAACUGCCUUCUAGCAAACUUGUAAAACUAUGGGAUGGUGCGCAGGAUCUUAUGAAUUUGAAGAAAAUAAAUCUUGCCUGCUCAAAGUUAAAGGAGUUGCCUGAUUUCUCCACGGCACAAAAUCUUGAAAUAAUGAGCCUCAGAUUUUGUGUAAAUUUAUGCAGUAUUCAUCCAUCAAUCUUGUCUCUUCCUAAACUUGUUUCUUUGGAUCUAGAGGGGUGCAUCACACUAAAGAAUCUUCAUGGGAAUAACCAUUUGAAAUCUCUCAAGAAACUCAACCUAAAUUAUUGCUCUGCUCUCAAGGAAUUUUUGUUGUCAUCAGAAGAAAUGAGAAGUUUAAGUUUAUUUGGUACUGGUAUCGAAACCUUGAACUUGCCAUUUGGACGGUACAAUAAACUUGAAGAGCUAUAUCUCGGUGGGGCUCUCAGGAACUUUCAAGUAAAUGAGCUAAGUAGCUUGACAUCUCUUAAAAUAUUCUCUCUUGAUCGUUUUGAAGGAAGAAUAGUCAAAUCAAAAUUAUUCAUUCUGUUUGAUGCGUGGUGUUCGUUAGAAGAAUUGAGGUUGACAGACUGUGAGGUUUCUGAGAUCCCUGAUAAUAUCAGUGCCAUGUCAUUGUUGAAGAUUCUAUCACUACGAGGAAGCAGCGUUAAGAGUUUGCCAGAUAGCAUCAAGCAUCUUUCAGAGCUCAGAGAAAUUGAUUUGGGUAAUUGCAAGAGCCUUAGGUCCUUACCAGAACUUCCAUCCUCCCUUACUCAUUGUCAUCUCCACGAAUGCCAAUCACUGAAGACCUUCAGUUUCCCACUAAUGCGAGCAAUACAUAACUCUAGUGAGGUUAGAGUUUGUUAUCUCGGAAGCACAAUCCCAGAGGGCUUCAAAUAUUCCCAGACCGCUAAGAGCUCUAUUAGUAUUGAGCUUGCACCAGCUUCUUCUGACCAUUUAUUGGGUUUCGCUUCUUGUUGCAUUGUUUCCCCAUCGACGCUGCUACGAGUUGACAGAAAAUUCCACUUUGAAGAUGAAAAGAUCUAUUACGAGAGUGACAAGAUCAUAUUCCUUAUGAAUCCGAGUACAGAUCAUGUUUUUUUAUGGUAUGAUCCAGUGGAUCGCAUGUUGAAGGAAAACCAAAGAAGGCGAUUUGAUGAGGGCGGCACUUACAAGUUUGCAUGUGAAUUCUUCUACGGAGUUUGCUCCGAUCGUUCUGCGGAUGAAUUUAAUGACGGGAUAAAAAGGUGUGGAAUUUGGCCAAUAUAUGCAUCAGAAUUACAGGAAAAAGUGGAAUUCAGGCUAGAGACAGAUGCUGUUAUAGGCAGUACCAGCCAGCACCCUAAUGUUGAAGUGUCCCAACAUCAGCCGGCACGUUAUUUCGUUAGGAGAAGCGCUCGUGUGCGCCAGAGGACAGGGAACUUGACCAUGAUGCCGUACUCUUUGAGAACGAGGAGAGGCCGAAAUGAGCGCACGGCCCCAAAGGAUAACAAAAGAAUCACUCGAUGA